GAUCGAUGUUCUUUUGAGAAGCCAUCGCCCGGCCCAAGCCGGUCCUGGCCUCAGAAAACCGCCCCUCCUCCACCCCGCUCCCCUUGCUCGACCCUCGCUUCUACUUGCUGGCGCCUCCUGCUUGCCUGGCUGGAUGCUCCUCACGCGGCGCCUAUUGCCCUUUGCCACCCUUCGUCCCAGUGUUUCCAGUACCUCGCUCGGCACCGCUGCCGCUGUCGCCACCUACCGUACCAUGAGCCGGAAAAAAGCCCCGGCCACCGGCGAAAGCAGCCCCCCAGGUGGAGGGGUGGACUUGUCGACGCUACUCAUCCGGCCAACCAAGGACGGUGGGCUUCUGAUCAAUGUCCGGCUGCAGCCAAAUGCCUCGCGUGACUCGGUCGGCGAGAUCGGGCCCGGUGAUGACGGGACACUGACUCUCUCGGCUGCCGUGACCGCCGCCCCCGACAAGGGUAAGGCGAAUGCUGCUUUGUGUCUCCUGAUCUCGGACACGCUGCGCGUGCCGAAGACAUCAGUGUCCCUGGCAGCCGGCCACACCAGCCGCAACAAGGUGGUCCGCAUUGAGUCCUCCAUGCUCCCGGACAGGCCGACCGCUCCGACUGAGAGCAAGAAGAAGGCCUCCUCCUCGGGCGGCGCGGGGAAGAAGGGAUCCGGCAAGGACGUUGUGCCCACCUUCUCCCCGGAGGAGCUUGAGCUAUGCCAGCGGCUGGAGAAACUCCUCCGAUAGGAGGGUCUCCGCUCUGCCGUGCUCCUUUUCUUGCCUCCCUUUCUUGUCUCCGCCCGAUUGGGCCUUCAAGCUCCCGUCGUUGGCACGCCUGGGGCAAUUCUGACCCUUCCGCACACCAUGAAAUACACCGCAUGCGUGCUUGGCUGUGGCAUACACACCACGCUCUUCCCC